AUGGCCUCUCACCUGGAUCUCUUCAAGCUUCUGCUUCCUCUCUCCCUUCUUCUUCUUCUUUCCUCGAGCUUAACAGAUGCUGAAGGACUGAAGGUUGGAUUCUAUUCAAAUAGCUGUCCCAAGGCUGAAGCCAUUGUGUACAAAGAGAUGAAGAGAGUCAUGAAGCUAGCUCCAAGCCUGGCGGGGCCAUUGCUGAGAAUGCAUUUCCAUGAUUGUUUUGUAAAUGGAUGUGAUGGCUCUGUUCUGUUGAAUGGAACAACAAGGAGCCCGGCGGAGAGAGAUGCGAUACCAAACAUUAGUUUGAGAGGAUUUGGAACGAUCGACGGAAUAAAGGAGAAGCUGGAGAAGGCUUGCCCGGGGAUCGUAUCUUGUGCUGAUAUCUUGGCUUUAGUGGCCAGAGAUGCUGUUGUUCUGACCAAUGGACCAUAUUGGGAAGUGCCCACCGGACGGAGAGACGGUCGGAGAUCUGUAGCCCUAGAAGCCCUCCGCAAUCUACCUCCACCAUUCUUUAACUUCUCUCAAAUACUUAAUGGCUUCUUCGUUCCAAAAGGCUUGAAUGCCAAGGACGUCAUUGUUCUCUCAGGUGGUCACACCAUUGGCACCUCACACUGCUCAUCUUUCAACGACCGUAUAUACAACUUCACCGGCAAGGGAGACUCCGAUCCCUCCUUGGACAAGUUCUACUUGCAAAAGCUGAAGGAUAAAUGCAAGCCAAAGGAUGCCACCACCUUAGUAGAAAUGGAUCCUGGCAGCUUCAAAACAUUUGAUGCAAGUUACUACAAGAAUGUGCUAAAGCGCAGGGUUCUGUUCACUUCUGAUCAGUCUCUUCUUGAGUACAGUGAGGCUAAAGCCUAUCUUCAGCGUCAGAUAAAUGGCUCACCUUUAGAGUUCUUUAAUGAUUUUGGUGUGUCCAUGGUGAAGAUGGGGAACAUUGAAGUUUUAACAGGAAGUAAAGGUGAGAUUAGGAAGAAGUGUGCUGUUGUGAAUUACUAA